AGGCGAGUGUACGUGUAUGUGUUGGACGGACAUGUGUGCGUGUCUUCACGAAGUUAAAGUCAACAGACAUUUGAUUUGAUUUAAUGUGCGCACAAAGUCAAAGCGUGUGUGAGUGUGUGUGUGUGUGCGUGCGUGCGUGUGUACAUGUAUGAGGGAAGUGGUGGCCAGCUUCUUUCUUAGACGCAAUUUGUUUUACUUGUGCCCAAGUGAGUGCAUGUGUGUGUGUGUAUGUACAUAUGUCAGAUACUACGAAUGUAUUUACAAAGGAAAAUCUCGAGCAAAAGUCUGGGAAAAUUAACAAAGUAAAAUUACAGCAAAAUAUUUACAUUGUUCAAUUAAAUUUCAAUAUAAAAGAAAACCACCAUCAUGCCAAGCAACACGAGCACUGCUACUCCUGCACGCAGGCAACAGUAUUUUUCAAAAUUAACCACAAGUUGAACUUCACAUAACAUAUUGAAAAAAAGAACACUUUAAUAGCAAAUAUUUCAAUAUUAGUUCAAUUAAGCACAAUAAACACAAUAUACCUAUUUGUGCAAUAACGUGAACGAAACUGCAACACCAGCAAAGGCAACAUCAGAAAGUUCAAGUGGAAACUACACGGCGCACACGAGCAAACAAACGCAGUCGCACACUAACCUGCUCACUCACUUACUUACAACGCUAGAAAUUGUUACACAAAAUGCAUUCGAGGCUAAAAUUCUUGGCAUAUUUACAUUUAAUAUGCGCCGGCAGCAUUUGCUCGUUGGAAUUUAGCGCAGCACAACAGCAGCAGCAGCAGCAACAACAACAACAGCAGCAGCAACAGCAAUACUACCAACAACAACAGUUGCAACAACAAUCAGCAUCGUUAACCGAGAAAAUACCAUUAGGCGCCAUAUUCGAACAGGGGACGGAUGAUGUGCAGUCAGCCUUUAAAUAUGCAAUGCUCAAUCACAAUCUCAAUGUUACAUCGCGUCGCUUUGAAUUGCAGGCGUACGUUGAUGUCAUCAAUACGGCGGAUGCAUUCAAAUUAUCACGCUUGAUCUGCAAUCAAUUUUCGCGAGGCGUUUACUCAAUGCUGGGCGCCGUAUCGCCGGACUCCUUUGACACAUUGCACUCCUAUUCGAAUACGUUUCAGAUGCCAUUUGUGACGCCCUGGUUUCCCGAAAAGGUGCUUACACCGUCGUCGGGUCUGCUCGAUUUCGCUAUCAGCAUGCGUCCGGAUUAUCAUCAGGCGAUUAUUGAUACUAUACAGUACUAUGGCUGGCAUAGCAUAAUAUAUCUCUAUGAUUCCCAUGAUGGCUUGCUACGGCUGCAGCAAAUCUAUCAAGAACUGAAGCCCGGAAAUGAAACAUUUCGCGUGCAAAUGGUCAAACGGAUCGCCAAUGUAACAAUGGCCAUUGAGUUUUUGCACACGCUCGAGGAUUUGGGGCGCUUCAGCAAAAAGCGCAUCGUGCUCGACUGCCCGGCGGAAAUGGCCAAAGAGAUCAUUGUCCAGCAUGUGCGAGACAUAAAGCUGGGACGGCGUACCUAUCAUUACUUGCUCAGCGGGCUGGUCAUGGACAACCAUUGGCCCAGUGAUGUGAUUGAAUUCGGGGCCAUCAACAUCACGGGUUUUCGCAUUGUCGACACUAAUCGGCGAGCCGUGCGUGAUUUUCAUGACAGCCGGAAACGUUUGGAGCCGGCAAGUGGCGUAGGAACAGCAGGCGGGGGAAAUGCCGGCGGCAGCAGCGGUAACGUGGCUGCAAUUUCGGCACAGGCAGCACUCAUGUAUGAUGCCGUUUUCGUUCUGGUCGAGGCCUUUAACCGGAUUUUGCGCAAGAAGCCGGACCAGUUUCGUGCCAAUCAUCUGCAGCGGCGUAGUCAUGGCUCAUCAUCUGCCUCCACCAUGGCUCUGAAUGAAUCAACAGCGCUGCUGGACUGCAACACAUCGAAGGGUUGGGUCACGCCUUGGGAGCAGGGCGACAAGAUAUCACGUGUGCUGCGCAAGGUGGAGAUCGAGGGGCUGACCGGUGAGAUUCGUUUCGAUGACGACGGGCGUCGCAUCAACUAUACGCUGCAGGUGGUGGAAAUGUCGGUGAACAGCACUUUGCAGCAAGUGGCUGAGUGGAGGGACGAUGUGGGCCUGCUGCCCUUGCAUGGGUAUCGCUACAGUUCCACACGUUCGAUGUCGUCCAGCUCGGCAGACUAUGCCCGCAAUCACACGUACAUAGUGACCAGUGUGCUGGAGGAACCCUACCUUAUGCACAAGCAGGCGAACUAUGGGGAACAGUUGGCGGGCAAUGAUCGCUUUGAGGGCUACUGCAAGGAUUUGGCAGAGCUGUUGGCCAAUAAGCUGGGCAUACGGUUCGAGCUGCGACUCGUCCAAGAUGGCAGCUAUGGCGCUGAAAAUCAAUACGCCCCUGGAGGCUGGGAUGGCAUGGUGGGUGAGCUGGUGCGAAAGGAGGCGGACAUUGCCAUAGCAGCGAUGACCAUAACUGCAGAGCGCGAACGCGUUAUUGAUUUUAGCAAACCUUUCAUGUCGCUGGGCAUAUCCAUUAUGAUCAAGAAGCCUGUGAAGCAAACUCCCGGUGUUUUUAGUUUCCUCAACCCACUCUCCCAGGAGAUUUGGAUGAGUGUUAUUCUGAGCUAUGUGGGCGUGAGUGUUGUGCUCUACUUUGUCACUCGCUUUCCACCCUACGAGUGGCGCAUUGUGCGCCGCCCUGCGGCAGAUCAGGCGUUGACAGCAUCCAGUCAACAGCCGCCAGGCUUCAUUGGCGGCGUCACCCACAACGAACAAAUAUCCUCGGGUGCCACCAGUGCUCAGGUCAAUGCACAGCAGUUGCCAUCUACUGUGGUGCCUCCAAAUGACUUCACGCUGCUUAAUUCCUUUUGGUAUUCGUUGGCCGCCUUUAUGCAGCAGGGCAGUGACCUAACGCCACCCUCGAUUUCGGGUCGUAUUGCCGCAGCCGUCUGGUGGUUCUUUACGCUAAUUCUGAUCUCAUCCUAUACGGCCAAUCUGGCCGCUUUUCUCACAGUUGAACGCAUGGUGGCGCCCAUCAAGUCGCCCGAGGAUCUGGCCAUGCAGACAGAUGUCCAAUAUGGCACAUUAUUGCAUGGUUCCACUUGGGACUUCUUCAGGCGCUCCCAAAUCGGUCUGCACAACAAAAUGUGGGAGUAUAUGAAUGCCAAUCCCCAUCUGUCUGUACAUGCCUAUGAUGAGGGCAUCAGACGCGUGCGCACCUCGAAGGGCAAGUAUGCGCUCCUCGUCGAGUCGCCCAAGAACGAGUACGUGAAUGCGCGAGCGCCCUGCGAUACCAUGAAAGUGGGCCGAAAUAUCGACACGAAGGGCUUUGGCGUGGCCACGCCCAUUGGCUCGCCACUUAGAAACCGCCUCAACCUAGCCGUGCUCUCGCUCAAGGAGAACGGGGAGCUGUUGAAGUUGCGCAACAAAUGGUGGUACGAUAAGACCGAGUGCAAUCCCAAUCAGGAUAGCCAGGAGACAGCAACACCUAACGAGCUGUCUUUGAGCAAUGUCGCUGGCAUUUAUUACAUACUUAUUGGAGGGCUGCUGCUGGCCGUCAUUGUGGCCAUCAUGGAGUUUUUCUGCCGCAGCAAAGCAUCGCGUCUGAAGACGCAAACGAAUGCCAAUGGUGGCAUACUGGCCUCCUCAACAUAUCAGCGCGACUCUCUGUCGGAUGCCAUCAUGCACUCGCAGGCCAAGUUGGCGAUGCAGGCGAGCAGCGAAUACGACGAGCGACUGGUCGGCGUGGAGUUGGCCUCCAAUGUUCGGUAUCAGUACAGCAUGUAAACCUCUCCACCCUAGAGGACGGCAGAACUGUUUAGCUCAUAAAUUGUGUUGUACAUAACUAAGUCAUCAAACUAAGGAACGCUGGCAAUCAAGUUGGCGUCUGCCGCAGUCGAGUGGCGGCGACGGGCAGAUGACGGGAUCGUUCCACACUGUACAUAAUUAUUUUUGAUAAAUGUAUACAAGACAUGUAAAAAAAAAACAAAAACAAAAACCAAAAAUAGACAAAG